AUAUUAUUGAAAUUGUUUUUUUUAUGGAUUGUUUCUUCAAGUCGUAGUGUUUCCACCCAUGAACUUUUUAUUAAAACGUCGAUCGAAUAAAAAAAACAAACAAAGAGAUUCCGCUACAUUUUCUAAACCAUUUAACUGCGAAGAUAUCAAUGCGCUAACCACAGAUGUUAUGAUGAAAAAUGAAAAAGUUGUCAACAAUAAGCAGCUACAACCACCUGGAUUACGAAGUGACAAAAGUGUUUCCACGAAGCUCACGCGAACUCUAUCAUGUAUAGAGCCCUGGACAAAUGACACCUCAGUCAGUCUAAAACAUAGCCGAUCCUUAACACAUUUCCCUUCAUUUCAAGAAGAUUCCCCAACCUUUUUUCUUCAUUCUUCUAAAGAAAACGUUUUUCAUCAGCAGAAUGAUGACAUUAAUCAAGACAAAAAUGAUAAUGCGUUGCUUUAUGAUUCAAGUGGAGUAUUAAAACAAAAUUAUUCCAGCAUUUUGCAUGAUAAAAUUGAACAAUGUUGUACUCUCUUUACAUUUGGUGAGUCGUCCUCGGAGGACGAAGCAAAGCAAAACAAGAAACAAGCCCUCAUGGAUCUUAUAGAAUAUGUCAAUAGUGGUAAAUGGAUUUUUUCAAAAUCAAACAUUGAAGAUUUUUUUCAAAUGAUAUCAGUGAAUAUUUUUAGACCGCUGACACCCCCCUCAAACUGUGGUAACUAUUUGCUAAACCCUUUAGAUGCUGAAGAGGACGAGCCAAAAUGGGAAAGUUGUUGGCCUCAUCUUCAGCUUGUGUAUGAAUUAUUACUACGUUUUGUCGUUUGUAAUGUUCUUCCACCGAAGAUUUUAAAAGAAUAUAUUGACUCGAAAUUUAUCGUUAAAUUACUUGAGCUAUUUUCGUCGGAAGAUCCACGUGAAAGAGAUUAUUUGAAAACGAUUUUACAUCGAAUAUACGGAGAAAUUAUGAGCUUAAGGUCAUUUAUUCGUCAAUCCAUUCAUCAUCGUUUUCUUGUGUUUUUGGAACAAGGAGAAACAUUUAGUGGUAUUACAGAAUUGUUAGAAAUUCUCGCUAGUAUCAUUAAUGGUUUCGCGCAACCCUUAAAAGAAGAACAUAAAAUAUUUCUUCAAAAAGCCUUGUUACCUUUACAUAAAAGUCGUACAUUGGCGUCUUUUAAUCAACAAUUGACUUAUUGUAUUUUGCAAUAUUUAGAAAAAGAUGACACCUUAGUUGUGAUCAUUAUUACCGAACUUUUAAAAUACUGGCCCAUAACCAAUACGUCUAAAGAAGUUUUAUUUUUAUCGGAAAUCGAAGAAAUUUUAGAGUACACACAGCCUCAAGAUUUCACCAAAAUCAUGAUUCCUCUUUUUAGUCAAUUAACUAUCUGUAUGGAAUCGCCUCAUUUUCAAGUAGCUGAGCGUGUUCUCUUCAUGUGGAACAGUGAAUGUAUUCUUGAGCUUAUAAACCUUUAUCGUGAACAGUUGUUUCCUAUUUUGAUAUCACCCUUGUACCGUAACUCGAAAAAUCAUUGGAACAGUACUGUUCAUAGUUUAACUUGCAAUGUCAUGAAGAUAUUAUCAGGACUGAGUCCGGAAUUAUUUCAACAAUGUACUACGCACAGUCAACAAAAUGAAAUAAUACAAGAAGAAAAUCAACGCCAUCGAGAUUUAUUUUGGAACAAGUUAAAAAAAGCGUAUGACGAGUCUCACUGAUUUUCAACUAGCUUAACAAGAAAAGUUUAAUUUCUUUACAUUGUCUUGUUGUUUUCAAUGUAAAUGUUGACACCCCACUUAAAAAAAUAAAGUAUUUAUGACGCCAUCCACUGUUGUUUUUUGAAAAUGUAUAACAAAGAAAAUAAACAGAAAACAAACUCGUAUGUCA